AUGAAGAAGUUAACUGCAUCUACAUCAUAUCUUACUCAUACAUACCCAUUCUCCAUUCAAAUGGAAGAAUCAAUCCCCUAUUUUGGACAACGUUUUGAACAAAUACAAAGCCCUUAUGUUCGACAUCCUUUAGAACAAACACAAGAAGAGCAUAAGUACUUAUAUGCAUCGAUUACUAAUGUUUCUAACUUUGUCUCUGUGAAGCUUUCCAGUGCCCGCAAUUACCAUCUUUGGCAGACACAGAUGCUUUGCCUCCUGGAGACUUACAAUCUGCAUGGCAUUGUAGAUGUAACAACUACCCGUUCAAGAGCUUUAAGUCCGGAGAUGGAGAAACAAUAUAACAGUCUUGUCAAAGGUUGGAUCUUUGCUUCAAUCAGUGAAGAGCUACUUGGCACGGUUGUCAAUCUUGACUCGGCCAAAGCAGUUUGGGAUAAACUGAAAUCGUUCUACGAUCCAGUUUUGAUAAGUUCUCAACAAGCUCAAACGAAUAAGGAAGCGGAAACAGACACAGAAUCAGAAACUAGAGGCCUAGAUAAAGGUGAAAUACCAUUGGAUAGAGCUUAUGAAUAUUUGUUGAAAGUCAACAAAGGUGAUCGUAUACCAAAGAGAAGGUCUGCUCCUUCAGAGGGUUCUUUUAGCCGUAGUGGAAAAUUUGGCCUCAUCCUACUUGUUAAUGCUAUUUAUGCAAAAAAAUUUGGUUUAGCAUCCGAUUUGGUCAAAAAGUUUCCUGAAUUUGCUGUUAAAGAUGAUAAUGUAUUGAUGGCAAUAGUUAAAAACUUUCCGAGUAGGCUAGACUAUGGGGAAGCACUUAUAUAUCCAUUACUUAUGGGCGAUAUUUGUGAAAGGAUAGUCAAGAGAGGUAGGGACUCGUUUGAAAUAUUAGUAAACUAUUACCAAAACAUAAUGGAUGUGAUACAAGAUAUACCUGACGACGUGAUCUUUGGUACUAUACAACUUCUGCUAUACAUAACGUUAAUGGGCCCGUUAGCCAUGCUUUCUUGGAUUUAUUUCAUGCUUCGCGUAGUCAUGUUGAUGCUUUAUUUUCCGUUCUUUAUGUUUUAUUUGCUCUUCUGGAAGGUUGCAACAAGAGUAGUUCCACCCAUUAAGCAUAUCGAGAAGAAAAUGAAGGAAAGGAAAAAAGCAAAAGAAGUUCUGGCGUUGAUAUGCGAUGAAAUAGACAAGUUGGGGCACCCAGAUGCACGUCGUCGCUUGUACACCGGACCAAUUCACGAGGCUGCACGUCAAAAUCUUUAUGAGGUGGUUCAUGAGAUUUUAACGAGAUCCCCUACAGCAAUGCAAUUUAAAGAUGAAAGUGGUUACGACAUUAUACAGUUAGCAGUUAUAUACCGAUCAGAACGAAUCUACAACUUUAUCUAUUCCAUAGGAGAGCGUGAAGGUAUUUAUAGAACUAUUGAAGAUUCUUUUAGGAACAAUAUGUUGCACUUGGUUGGAAAUUUACCUCCUUCACAGAAACUUAGACGUAGAUCAGGUCCAGCACUACAACUACAAAGAGAGCUUCAAUGGCGUCAGGAAGUGGAGAGGCUCGUUGCUCCAAUAUGCAUUACUCAAAAGAACGCUUUUAUGGAGACACCAGAUAUGGUGUUCAGAAGGGAGCACGAUAAUUUGGUGAAGGAAGGAGAAAAAUGGUUGAAAGCCGUAGCAGAAUCAUGCAGCAUCACUGCAGCACUAAUUACCACAAUUGUAUUUGCGGCAGCCAUUACAGUACCAGGUGGAAGCAAUCAAGAAACAGGCAUCCCCGUGUUUACAAAAGAAAUUGCUUUCACGAUCUUUGCAAUAUCAGAUGCAAUCUCACUAUUUGCAUCCAGUACAUCAUUAUUACUGUUCCUGUCGAUCCUCACAGGAAGUUUUGAUGAACAAGAUUUUGUAGUCAAGUUGCCAAGGAGAUUGUUGAUUGGUCUUUGCACCUUGAUGUUGUCCACAACUACCAUGAUGGUUGCAUUCGCCGCAACAUUGUUCCUUGUCUUUUGUCAUAAAAGACCAUGGAUGCUUGCUCCAAUAUGUGUAUUAUCUUCGGUCCCGAUUGCUUCUUUUGGUAUUCUUCAAAUGCCCCUCAUAAUAGAUUUCUACCGGUCCACAUAUGGACACAUCUUUGGCAUUCCAGAAAACAAUAACAAAUUGAAGACGAAUGACAUAUAA